ACCAAAACACGUAAAUGCACGAGAGUUGUCUCUAAACAGCAAUGGCCGAUAAGGCUGAUACAAGCACGACUCAGAAUUCCACUGGUGAUCAACCCAGCGAAAAGAAACAAUCAGAUAUUAAAAGAUAUUACGCAUUGUAUACAUUUUAUCCAAACAGACCUAAAAGCAUCAGUGACCCUUCAUCAAUAGAAGAAGAAACAUCUGAAGAUGGAAAUCUAAGCCUCAGCAUUGCUGCCACAAAUCUGUCAGCAUCUGCAGAAACAGAUUUACGCAAAUCUUUGGCUCAGCGCUUAUCUAGAUUACCUUCACCUUCAGGUCAAGGACAUUUCCUCCCUGUUGGAAUUAGCUCUACUGAUGAUGUAGCUUCAGCAGCAGCAUGCUAUUUCUGUGUUUUGAAAUUGCCAUCUGAUAGUGAAAGUGAUGCUGACAAAUCAAACAACUUAAGGAGAUUUGUGGUCUGUUUUGUGUCAUUUACUGACAGCUCUCUUGAUUUAUUUCGUCAGGACCUUGACAAAUACAGCGAAGGAUUUGUGCAGUAUCUAGAUGAGGAGCAUUUGCCCAUGGACAGUCCUCAAAGUGGUGACAUUCAUUGGCAGACACAUACCUCACCUGAACAUUUUACAAAGAAGCUAAGCCAGGUAAACACUGGACUGAAAAAGUACCUGGAGGCAUGGCCUGAAACUGUACUGGAAUAUUUGACACGCUGCAUCACUCGUUUGGGCCAAAAUGUGCAAUAUCUCGUCUACAGUGCUCUUGUGGAUGCCUCACUUCAGGUAUGUGAUGCAACAGCUGAAGAGGAAGAUGAUAUCAGAAAAUUCAUUAGCUGCUGCAGUCUGUCUCCUCUUCUAGAACAGUUGCAGGCUUCAGACCAGCUAAAAGCUGGAAUUUCACCAUCUGGAGAAGCAUGGCAGGUCCAACCAGAUGUCAUCACUCUAAAAUUAAAAGAACAGGAGGCAGUCUUUGACAUGCAAGGAGUUUUGCCAUGUCAUUUCUGCAAAAUAGCUGCUGACCACCUCUUGUCUAUUGAAGCACAGAAUGUCACUAAAAUCAGAGAUACUUUGGAAUCGGUCAAACUUGCUUUUAUCCAUAAUCUAAACAAGCUCAAAAGAUUUCUGAAGGAAGCAGAAGUGGAUCAUUAUGCACUUUAUCGAGCAUACGUGUUUCUGAAGAAAUGUGGUUGCGGCAACUUACUUCUGCGCUAUGUCAAACUGGAUGCCAGCUUAGAGACCUCGGGUGUGUUAGCUGCUAUUGAACACUUCAUUAAAGAGAAAGGUGUUGUGCUGACAUAAAUACUUGCUUAGUGAACUUAUGAAAAGGGAUCACCACAGUAAAUGGACAGUGACGAGUAUGGUGCCUUACCGAGUCCUGGUGUUUACACAAUAUGCACAUGGUUAGUCUCAAUAAGAUGAUUUAAAGUUUUCCAGGCACUCAAAUAUUCUCAGAAAAGUUUCCAAGAACUUUUAAAAAAUCCUUUCGAUUUUCUCCUGUGCUUAUUUUUUUAAGGUAUUUCAUUAGGAUGAUUUGGCACAAAGCAAAAUAUAUGAAGAUCAUCUGAACAGUGAUCACAUCUUUCUAAUUGCUAGUUUUAUAAAAGCAAGAAUGCCUUUUAAUUAUAUUAUCUUUGCAUAUAGCAUGUGCAAUUCGUCCUUUUUAUAAUGAUCUCUAAUCUCUGAUAACUCUGCAAUGAAUGUUUUAAAAGUAAGCCCAUUUUUCAUUAAGUAGGAACAUGACUACAGCAAUGACCCAUUUGGAACAGACAAACAAAUUUGUUAAAGACAAAUGUAGAAAUGAAGAUUCUCUCCCAGCAUGAAAAAGGACAUUAUAUGACAGCAUAACAGAGUGCAAAAAAAACACUCAACCAUGACAUCCACCUCUGUUGAAUAGCAGUGCUACUGAAAUUGAUAUUUUAGGCCACUUACAUUGUGUUACUCAAGGAAUGGUUGAGAUCCUGCAGUGUGACUGACAGAUUAGCAAGAAAGAUUAGAAAAUGUGUGAUGUAAUAUUAAUAUUCUUGCAUUACAGAAUCACUCAGUUUGUAAAAGGCGUCAUUUUGACAAUAACAGUGUUCAGACUGUGAAUGUUGUGAUAGAUUGGCAGCACAAAAAUUGUGCAAUAUAUUUAAAAAAAAAAAUAUGAUGUCUAUCUUAAUUACAUUAUUUGAGGAACUGCUUGAAGAGAACAGGAACAAAUUAGCUCAUUCUUACAAGACUGUGUGCUUCAACUUACUGACAUGCAGACAAAGUAGAAAUGUGCAGAGCUCAAUUUUAAAAAAAAAGAACAAAAUGAUGACAUUCAUUAAUGUUAUUAUAUAGACUUAAAAAUUUUCCAUUAAUGUAUUUUCUGUAAAAAGAACCUGAGAAGACAUAUUAUCAACAAGGCUGAGAGUUUUGUCGAGUUUAAUCAUCGAUUAUCCCCGCAACGAUCCCUUUCCAUCUUAAUGUAAAAUUGUCUUUAGGUGGAAGAAGCUUUUCCAGGCCAAAUCAAUCAACCAGCCAAACAACUACGAUAUGCACCGUUAAUCUAAUGAUAUCGAUUGGUACAGUUAUGACAUUUAAAAAAAAAAAGACUAUAUAUAUUGAUAUCUAUUAGGCAUACACAGAAUGCUCUAUUCAUAAACUUUUUUUAAGACAGUGCAAAAUGCCACAGAAUUCUCCCCACCAUAUAUCAGUUAUGUAAAGCUGUUAAAACAGCAGUUUUAUUUCAGUGCCAGGGGAAAUUUAUCAAACGACAGAGUAAUAAUGAAUUGAAAAUUUACAUGAGGUAAUGUUCCAAAAUACUUGUUGAUCGCAAUUUUAUUUGUAUUCAGUGAACAAGAAUAUAAUGUAAAAAUAUAGCUGUGAUGUUUUAAUAGUAAUGUCCCAAUUCAUUACAUGCAUGUUGUGUUUGGCUUUACCUAAUGCAAUCUCUUACAAGGCUCUUGUUGACAAAUUCCAAGAAACAUUUGCGUUUGGUCAACUAUAUGCCUACCACAUGUCAAGCUUAUAAACGUCAUAUUUGACUUUCUGAAAAAUUUUAAAUAAUUUCUCUGUUCUAUGUUUGUGUUGUAUAUGAUGACCUUAUUUUAAUUCAAAUCACUGUGCACAUGUAACAUGGAAGGUUUAUGUAUCUACUUCUGGGACCAUAAAGGUAGAAAAUUAAUACGGCAGCAUGAUAAUCCUAUUUAAUAUCUAGAUGUUACUUUUUGAUAUGUGAUAAAAGAUAUUGUUAUUUCUGCUGUGACAUUGAUAACAUGGAAAAAUGCUUGGGAACUUUUU